CUUCAAUUGAAAAAUCUUCGUAUGUUGCAUGUGAAUGUAUCAAAUUCUUCGUCACCUGAAACAGGGCAAUCUUUUCAUCUAUGAAACUGCAGAAGUAGCAAGGCAAGAUACAAAAUUCUUGUGUAGUUGGAGGAGGACAUUGGAUUUUAGAAAAUGGUGGCGCUGGAGGAAUUGUUUAAGUCGGAGGAAAGAAUGAAGAAUUUGAGUAGAAGCAUGAGGAGUGCAAGUGUGGGAUCGACAAGGGGUGUGGAAGACGUGUUUCUGGGGCAUAGCAGUCGUUUAAAGAGUCGGAGAAUUGAUGAGGAUGAAGAAGCUCUUCGAUGGGCAGCUCUUGAGAAGCUCCCAACUUAUGAUAAGCUCAGAACUGCUAUUGUGCAGACUUUUGGCCAUGAACAUGAUGAAACAGUUUACAAGGAAGUGGAUGUUCGCAAGCUCGGCUUCACUGAAAGACAGAUGUUCAUUGAACGGCACUUAAAAGUUGCAGAGGAAGACAAUGAGAAGUUUCUGCGAAAGAUCAGAAAUCGUAUUGACAGAGUUGGGAUCAAGCUUCCAAAGGUAGAAGUGCGGUUUGAAAAUUUAACGGUGGAUGCAGAGUGCUAUGUAGGUGGCAGAGCUCUGCCUACAUUAUGGAAUUCUGCCAGAAACUUUGCAGAAUCCUUGCUAGACACCUUUGGCCUCUCACCCACCAAAAAAACAAAACUAACAAUUCUCAAGAAUGCCAGUGGAAUCCUCAGGCCAUCUCGGAUGACUCUGUUGUUGGGUCCUCCUGGGUCUGGAAAGACAACAUUGCUGCUAGCUUUGGCUGGGAAAUUAGACUCCAAUCUGCAGGUGGAGGGAGAAGUCACCUACAACGGCCAUAGGCUGGACGAGUUUGUCCCUCAGAAAACAUCUGCUUACAUAAGUCAGAAUGACUUACAUGUAGGAGACAUGACAGUUAGAGAAACGAUAGAUUUCUCAGCUAGGUGCCAAGGUGUUGGGCAUAGAUAUGACCUGCUUUCAGAGCUUACUGCAAGAGAGGAACAAGCUGGAAUCUUCCCAGAGGCUGAUGUUGAUCUUUUCAUGAAAGCAACAGCAAUGGGAGGUGUUAAGAGCAGCCUUCAGACUGACUACACUCUCAAGAUUUUGGGUUUGGAUAUUUGUGGAGACACAAUUAUUGGCAAUGAAAUGACCAGGGGAAUCUCUGGGGGACAAAAGAAGCGUGUUACAAUAGGGGAGAUGAUUGUUGGACCUACAAAAACUCUUUUCAUGGAUGAAAUUUCUACAGGACUAGACAGUUCUACCGCAUAUCAGAUAGUCAAAUGCCUGCAACAGUUUACCCAUCUAAUGGAUGCUACAAUUCUCAUGUCUCUGCUGCAGCCUGCACCAGAGAUAUUUAACCUUUUUGAUGAUAUUCUACUGUUAUCAGAGGGCCAUAUAGUCUACCAUGGACCUCGAGAGAAUGUACUGGAGUUUUUUGAAAGCUGUGGAUUCAAAUGCCCUGAGAGAAAAGGCACUGCAGAUUUCUUACAGGAGGUCACAUCAAAGAAGGACCAAGAACAAUACUGGGCAGACAAGAGGCGACCAUAUCACUAUAUACCUGUCAAGGAAUUUGCACUUAGAUUCAAGCAAUUUCAUAAAGGUCUGUGGUUGGAAAACGAACUGUCAAUCCCUUACGACAAGAACAGUAGUGACAAAUCAGCUUUGGUCUUUAACAAAAACUGUGUACCCAAAAUGGAGAUAUUCAAAGCUUGUUUUGCCAAAGAAUGGCUUCUCGUCAAGCGGAAUUCCUUCGUUUACAUCUUCAAGACAGCGCAGAUUAUGGUUAUAGCGUUCAUUGGAGCAACUAUGUUCUUGAGGACUGAAAUGCAUCAUAAAACUCGUGCUGAUGCAAAUAUGUACCUCGGAGCUCUCUUUUUCAGCCUCAUAGCCAACAUGUUCAAUGGAUUUGAAGAAUUAGCAUUGACAAUUUACAGGCUUCCAGUAUUCUUCAAGCAGAGGGAUAUGUUCUUCUACCCUGCAUGGGCCUUCACUCUUCCUACCUUCUUAUUGACAAUUCCAAUGUCAUUGGUGGAAUCUGGCAUCUGGGUGGUAAUGACUUACUAUACCAUGGGGUUUGCCCCAGAAGCUAGCAGAUUUUUUCGACAGUUUCUCAUAAUCUUCCUACUUCAUCAAAUGGCAUCAUCACUGUUCCGCUUUAUAGGAGGAUUAUGCAGGACAAUGAUAAUAGCUGACACCGGAGGAUCUGUGUCUCUUCUUCUAAUAUUUAUGCUUGGAGGAUUCAUUCUCCCGAGAGAGAGCAUUCCGAAGUGGUGGAUAUGGGGCUACUGGUGUUCGCCUUUGAUGUAUGCAGAGAAUGCUAUCGCUGUUAAUGAAAUGCUUGCUCCAAGAUGGAAAGUUAGCGUAGAAAAUACGACAAAUUUGGGUGUAGCAGCGCUGGAGAGCCGUGGCAUCUACUCAAGAGGAUACUGGUAUUGGCUGGGAGCUUCUGCUUUGUUGGGAUUUAUAGUCCUCUUCAAUGUGCUUUACACCCUUUCUCUUGCAUACCUAAAUCCUCUUGAUAAACCUCAAGCUAUUAUCUCCAAGGAAGCUCUAGAUGAACUGGAAUCCCAAGAGAAUGGCACAGAGCAGGAACUCAACGUAUCAAGGUCAAGAAAUCUGUCUCUGGCACGGUCAUUGUCUUCUGAAGUUGGCAAUAGUACUCUUGAAAUGCAGGUCAUACAAAUGAGCAGCCAAUCAAUUAGUCUGCAAAUAUACGACGAGUCAGCACUGAAGACUGUAACAGGAGUUACUCCAAAACGAGGAAUGAUUCUACCAUUUCAACCACGAGCCAUGUCUUUCGAAGAUGUCAAAUACUCUGUUGACAUGCCUUCAGAAAUGAGGGAACAGGGAGUGAGUGAAGAUAGGCUUCAAUUGCUACAAGAUGUUACAGCGGCAUUUAGGCCUGGUGUUCUUACAGCAUUGAUGGGAGUCAGCGGUGCUGGCAAGACAACUCUCAUGGAUGUCUUAGCUGGAAGAAAAACUGGAGGAUAUACUGAGGGAGAUAUUCGAAUCUCUGGAUUUCCCCAAAAGCAAGAAACUUUUGCUCGAAUUGCUGGUUACUGCGAACAAAAUGAUAUACAUUCUCCACAAGUUACUGUUUGGGAAUCGUUAAUGUUUUCGGCUUUUCUCCGUCUUCCAAAAGAUGUUGACACAGAAACCAAAACUGAAUUUGUUGAUGAGGUCAUGGAGCUUGUGGAGUUGUACAACUUAAGGGAUGCAUUAGUAGGCUUACCUGGUGUCACUGGAUUGUCGACUGAACAAAGAAAAAGGUUAACAAUUGCUGUAGAGCUUGUUGCAAAUCCCUCUAUAAUUUUCAUGGAUGAACCUACUUCUGGACUAGAUGCAAGAGCUGCUGCAAUUGUUAUGAGAACUGUCCGUAAUACUGUUAAUACUGGAAGGACUGUUGUCUGUACCAUUCAUCAGCCUAGCAUUGAGAUCUUUGAAGAAUUUGAUGAGUUACUUUUGAUGAAAAGAGGAGGACAAAUCAUUUACUAUGGACCAUUAGGCCGGAAUUCUCACAAGAUGAUUGAAUAUUUCGAGGCUAUUCAAGGAGUAACAAAGAUCAAGGAAAAAUAUAACCCUGCUACAUGGAUGCUAGAAGCUAGCUCUAUUUCUUCUGAAGUUCGUCUAGGGAUAGACUUUGCAGAGCACUACAGAAACUCAUCUCUCUAUAAGCAGAACAAAGCAUUGGUGCAAGAGCUCAGUACUCCACCCCCACAAGCAAAGGAACUUUACUUUCCAACCCAGUAUUCUCAGUCAUCCUCUGGACAAUUCAAGUCUUGUUUGUGGAAGCAAUGGUGGACUUACUGGCGUAGCCCUGACUAUAACAGUGUUAGAUACUUCUUCACACUUGUCUGUGCUUUACUCUUUGGAACAAUAUUUUGGAAGGUUGGCACAAAAAGGAGCAACAACAUCGAUCUUUUUAUUGUUACGGGUGCCUUAUAUGGAGCUGUAAUAUUCUUAGGGAUCAAUAACUGUUCAACUGUGCAGCCUGUCAUUGCAGUGGGGAGAACAGUGUUCUACAGAGAAAGGGCUGCAGGAAUGUACUCUGCAAUGCCCUAUGCUCUUGCUCAGGUGGUGAUCGAGCUCCCAUACAUACUCGGCCAAACAAUUUUGUACAGUUUUAUUGUUUACAGUAUGGUCAGCUUCGAGUGGACAGUUAAGAAGUUUACUUGGUUCUUCUUCUUGAACUACAUGACAUUUCUGUACUUCACCUUUUAUGGGAUGAUGACAGUCUCAAUCACACCAGACCACCAAAUAGCCUCAAUUGUGGCUGCAGCAUUUUACUCCGUCUUUAAUCUAUUCUCAGGAUUCUUCAUUCCUAAACCGAAAAUUCCAAAAUGGUGGAUCUGGUACUACUGGAUAUGCCCUGUUUCAUGGACUGUGUAUGGUCUAAUUUCCUCACAGUAUGGAGAUGUCACAGACCAAUUGGAAGUGAUUGGUGAAGGGUUCAAACCACUAAAUCAGUUUGUGGAGGAUUACUUUGGAUUCAAGCAUGAUUUCUUAGGUACAGUCGCUGUAGUGCUCGUUGGAUUUGCAGUGUUUUUUGCAUUCAUCUUUGCAUACUGCAUCAAGGUAUUGAAUUUCCAGCAAAGAUGAAAGCGGAGAACAUAUGGACGCAGGGAAAUUUGCUACUCUUAUCAUUUAGGUCGGGCCAGCUAAAAUUUGGAAUAUCAGAUGAAAGCAAAUUACAAAUCUGGCUAUUGUAGAACCCUUCGAAAUGAGAAAGGCCUGUUACAUAUAUGUGUUUAACCAUAAUAGGGUUUUAAAGUGUUUUUUUGUGGGCCCCCGUGCAAGAUAUUUGAUGUACCUCAAACCAAAGAAUUGAAGAACUAAUC